CAAAAGCUGUGGAGAGAAUGGCGUGCUAGGGCGACUGGAAUCGGGCCAGUGCUUCCUUUGACAAGCAACAGUUCCAUGACUUCGAGGUCUGCUUCGCACAAGAAAAUGUCCGUCGCAACGAAACAGUGGCCAAGAAUCCCGAGAAUUGGAUAUGAAAUUGCAGUUGAUAUGGCGUACUGAGGGCGACAUGGGAGAAGGUAAGGAAAUCUACCAGGUAGGUCUUCUAGGAUCGCUCGAAUGCGCGCAUUCUUCUCGACAACACAUUUAGGAGCGCCCUGUGUUGCGUGAUCGACGAGCAUCUGCGGAUGGCGACUGUUACACCAGAGUUAUGUGAAUGUUUCGGCCAUGGCUAGCCAGAACUCGAUUUGGUGGGCCAUCCUUCAAUUGAAGGUUGCUUUCAUCGUGGAGUUUCUUGGUCUCUGGUCCCAAAUUCCGCAAUCGCCGCUCUGCGUCAAUGUAGGCUUUAUUUUUCGUAUCGAAGAUCAAAUCCACCUCAAAGAAUGCUCAAAAAAUAACCAGAGGCUUUCUAACGUCGUUCAAAGGCUUUCAGAAAAGUCGUUCGGCCCCGUUGCGGUGAGGCACUGCUAUUCAGGAAAACAAGAAGAUGCCUUGCAAAGUGCAAAACAACUCCACUCUCAAGUACGGUGUGAUCAACGACUGUCGAAAUUCGGAAGUAUGCCUGGUUGCGUUGUGUAUUGUAAGGACAGGACAAUACUUAUAAAUUUCCCUAAACAGCCGAGUGGCUCCAACGAGUGUUUCGAAUUGCUUGAACAGUGGCCCUGGAGAUUCCACGGUUGGAGGAAGUGUUCUCUUUCUCAAUCCUGCACAGUAUUUGUUAGUUUCUUCAAUCAUAACUCAACAGCCUUCAUUGUGCUCACCUAUCUGCAAAGUUUGUACUUUACUCCUCGAGUUCCUGGAGUGCCUGGAAUCUGCUAUUUCCUGAGAAGUACUCCAUGAUGCCUAUCAUCUUCUCUUGCUUUCAAUCGCGACUUAUUUGCGUCAAUAAAGAAUU